GUUGUUAUGGUAUCCAACAAAGAUAAGGAUAAACUAUACAACUUAAAAUAUUCUUUUGUUUAAUCAGUCUUUUCAAAACAAACUAACGAGAAUAAAAGAUUGAUUGGUUAAUUAAUUAAGAGAAGGAUAAUAGUAAACAGUAAUAUCUACAAUAAUCUAUACCUUUGAUACAGAGAUAAUUGUCAAUUUUCUAUGGAAAACCAACGAAAAUUAAGCGAGUCAUCCGACUUAUCUUUAGAAAUAAAGCGUAGUGAUUCAGAAGAUAUUACGGAUAGUGAAAAUUCAGAACACGACGUAUCGGAAGAUCCUCGUAGAAAAGCCGCUACAUAUUUAUCAAAAGAAAACAUUUUUGAAUUAUUUCGGACUUUAACCGCUGGAAUAGUUUAUAAUAGGCCAGAAAAUUCCGUAAAAUUUAUGAUAAAUGAAAUUGAUAAGAUAAAUAAAGUUAAGGAAAAGAAUUCUGAAUCUUUGGCCCCUGAUCAAAGUGAUUUAUUGAACGAUGAUCCAAAAGUUGAUAAUUCAUUAACUUCUGUGAAGCCUUGCUGACAUCUUCUAAAUACAACAUUUUUUGUCUUUUACUCAACAGUAUUCUUUUUCUUUCUAUUUUUGAUUUUUAUAUAAAAUUAUUUUGAUUAUCCUUUCUUCUUUUCAUAGAAAAUCUAUAUUUUCUUAAUUAUCUACUUAAAUUGUUUGUCAAAUUUGUUAUUAAGUGGCAAUUGUUUAUAUAAGCAAAUUUGUAUUAUGAUAAAAUGUUGUCGAAAAGAUUUAUUUCAAUUGUUUUAAGAGUGAUUGAUAGGGAUGUAUUUUUACUAUGAUAUAAACUGGUAUGCUAGGUAUUGAAUAUUUUACCGUAAUUGAUAAAUAAAAUCUCAACAGCAAUAAAAGUCUUAAAAAUGAAAGAAGAGUCAGCUGUUAAGUUUUUUAUGAAAAAUUCUGCUGCGGGUACUGCAGGAGGAAUUGCCGUUUGCGUUGUCGGUCAUCCUUUUGAUACAUUGAAGGUCAGACUUCAAUCUCAACCGAUUGAAAAUCCAGUGUACAACGGUCUUAUAGACUGCUGUAAGAAAACUUAUAAGUAUGAAGGCAUUGGUGGUUUUUAUAAAGGCGUUGGGUCACCUUUGAUAGGACAAAUGUUUUUUCGAGCAGUAAUGUUUUCAUCCUAUAGGGAGAUUGGAAGUUCCCUAGGUGGUAAAAAGAAAAGACUUGAGGCAUAUAAAUAUUAUGUUGCGGGGGCUGGGACUGGCUUUUGCAGUGCUUUUGUUGAAGGACCAAUAGAUUUGCUGAAAACUAAAAUGCAAACCGAUAUUAUAAACUCAGAAAAGAAUAAAGUGCCUCUCCGCUAUAAGCACGUUUUCCAUGCAGGCAAGCUUAUUAUAGGGCAGCAUGGUUUUAAAGCAGUGUUUCAGGGUCUUACUGCCACUCAUAUGAGAAAUAUUCCUGCAUGUGGCAUAUACUUUGGAUUUUACGAACUGGCUAGAACACACUUUACACCAGCUGGUGGAACUGUUGCUGACAUAACUCUCUUUCAACAAUUUUGUUCGGGAGGCAUAGCCGGAUUUUUCUAUUGGAGCAUGACAUAUCCAACGGAUGUUAUUAAGUCGGUUAUGCAGAGUGACGACCUAGAUCCAAAAACUCGACAAUAUAGAAAUAUAGCCGAAUGCGCUAGGAAAUUGUACGCCGAAGGUGGUAUUACAAGAUUCUUUAAGGGUUUGACACCAUGCAUGAUGAGGUCAAUACCAGCAAACGCUGCUAUGCUGUUCACUUUUGAAAAAGUUAGAGUACUCAUAUCCUAA